AUGUGGCCAAGCUCUGAUCGUGGCAGCUCUCGCGCUCUGGAAAUGCCGACUAGUCAGCACAAUGCUGGAGGUAGCAGUCAACAGGAAACACUGGCUGACAUCGAACACAUAUCUACUAUUGCUGGAUCCUUGGCAUCCAUUGGAUCCUUAUCGCACACGCAAAUGCGCUACGGCACAAAUGACGCCGGCUACGAUACAGAACAUACCUCCCUGAACUCAGAUUUUGAUGAGGCCGAGUUGCGUAGGGAGCUCCUUAGAGAUAAAUGGAAACUUUUAUUUGAUAUGUUUGAUCCGGAGGGUUUUGGAGAAAUAUCUACAGAUGAAUUCCUUGUAGCCUUAAAAUCGAAGGAAUUCCUUUCACAAGUGCCUAUGAACAAGCGGGAACUCCUGCUGGAACGAACCAAGAAAGCACAACUGCCCACAGGUCCGGGAUAUGUGACAUUCCAGGAUUUUGUCAACGUGCUCGCACGUGACAAAUCCUUUUAUGGCAGCACACACGUUCGGCGAAGGCCAACCGCUGGACGACUGGAGAUGCGGCGCCGAUGCCGCCGUCGAGGGGCAAAUGUGUUGAGCGUUAUGACAACUGGAGGCUCGAUGCUGUCGCUGUUUGUGAUCGAGGAGGCAUCAGCAGAAGAUCUGCGCAUCUGUUGCCCAGCAGGAGACAGCAGCUGA